UGGUUGAGCUUCGACAUUCAUCAUCAAUGUUUUUGGCGAACUACUGGAUCGCAAGAAGUAUUGUUACCUACGCUCAUCUACUUAUUUUGGGCCUCGAGCCACAAAAUCAUAUCAUGACGGAACUGUCCAAUGUAUCCACCAAAAUCAAAGAGAUUCUGGCUUCCAGCCUCCCACUACUAGAGGCAAAAAGAGCAGAAGAAAAUUAUCAAACGUUGUUACAUGCGUUUGAUAAUUCUUCAAAUAUCUUGGACGUUCUUAAAUUGAUAUUCAAUAUCAAAAAUAAUAAAGAGAAGCCAAUUUUGGUCCGAACUGGGUGGCGAUAUUCAGGGGGAUUAGAUGAGUUUGAAGGGGAGGGAUUGCUAUUGCUAAUAUCAUCCGGCAAACACUUCCCCUAUUGUGCAUAUUAUGCGUCGCGCACAGGAGUAAAGAUGAUUUGGGUUCCAAUUAUAAAUGAUCAAGAUGAGCAUAUAAAAAUGCGAGCUGUUUACGAAAAUUAUUUUGUAUUGGAUCCACAAAAAUGGAUUGCACCAGAAUUUGUAAGAUUUCUUAAAGACAAGUGUAUCUCAACUUUUCAAGUUGGGGGCGACCCUAUUGUCAUUUCACUGGACAAACGGGGAAGAUUGGUUCAUUGUAAUGCACUACACAUGAUAUUCACAUGGGAUAUUCAACUUUAUCAAAGGAGAACAAUGAUAUCAGGUGAUAUAAUCCCUUCAUUAGAAAAUGAGUUGAGGGAAAGGACUUCUGGUGCUGGCCGUGUGAUUGAUGACAUUGACAAACAAAUAUAUAAUUUCGCGAGAGAGGUCCGCCAAAAGAUCAAUUAUUGGAUGAACGACAUUGACACGAAGAUGAAAAGUUCGUUUCGUUCAUACAAUUACACGCGUGAGAGAGAACAAGAACUUUGGAUUAAAGAAUCUUGGAAUCUUGAGCUUGUAGUAGGAUGGUGGCGCGGCUUCGAGCGGAGGCUACACCGUUGGAUUGAUGAUGAUGAAAAGUACAUUUUCUUAUGCGGAGGCAAUAACUUUAAACGAGUUAUAGAAUUUGUAUCUAAGCUACGUGAAGUUCGUUCCAAAUUUCAAAUAGAUAUGGAAUAUAUAUAUGUUGGAAGAAGAAGAAAAAUGAAUGAAGAGAUGACCAGAGCAUAUAGAUAUAUAUAUAUAUACCUAUCCUUAAUGAGGUUAAGCACUUUUGGGCACGACUUUAUAGUUUGGCCUCAUCUAGGAUCCAAUAUUUAAAUAAGGUUGGACUUGAUCAAGGGAGCGAUGAAAUUCUGCAAGGGCUCGGAAAAUUAUUAUCUUAUGAAGAUGAUUGCACAACAAUUGGAUCAUGGGCUUUGUUGGGCAAAGGGAAAAGAAUAAUUGCAUGUGAUGUGGGAGACAAAAUGUUAGGAGUGUUGAAUGAGUACGAUGAGAAAUGGAAGAACAAUGCACAUGCCAAUGAUUUUGAACAAGCAUUUAAGGAUUGCUAUGAGACGCUUAAUACUUCUUCUUCUUCUUCCAAUCAACACUCUUGUUGUGCUCUCAAUCUCUCAUCUAAUUUGGAUAAAAUUCCAGAGACUGUAUCCUGUUCUCAAUGUAACCACAAUAUGCAUAAAUUUGUCACUUUCUCCUGUUGUCAUGGUCCGACCAAUUAUUUAUAUUAUGAAAAGGAUGAAGACCACAAGUAAUACUAGAGUUUGUGUUCCACUUGCA